AUGGCCUCAUUAAAGGACUGGGAUGUGCUGCGGUUGAGCACGCUCAUCACAAACAUUAACGCCAAGCUUUCGGCCAGCAUCAAGACCGAUCAGGAGUAUCAGUUGCUGUGUUUGGUGCGCCAGAACGAUCAGAUUCUGUUCCGCUACAUCGACCAACGGGGCGAGGUGCAUCUGAUGCUGCUCUGUUGGUUUGCCGAGAACCGGAAGCAAAUCCAGGACGUGUGCUUCGACGGUACCGGCUGCUGGUUGCUGGUCUUCUGUUACGACAAUACGCUGCACAUAGUUCCGGCUCUAUCAAUUUGUGAUAAAUCCCUCGAACACGUGGACACAACGUUCAAUCGAGACGAGAUCACCUCCUUUAUCGUGCCGUUCAUUGGCCCGCAUGAGUGUCCCAAUCCGCAGACCUGCCCAAACAACUCGCACAACAGCCAGCAGCAACAGGCAUCCACGUCGCACCGAUCGUCGAUAGCUUCCGAGGCGGGAAGCUUGAAGGAAAGUGCCAUAUCGAUGGCCGCCGUCGGGAGCGGUGGCAGUCCCUCGUCGGAACCGAAUCUCAUCUUCGAUGCGCCAACCAUCAAAAAGUCUAGCUCCAGCUACACGACGCACAAGAUUGAUGAGAUCUUUUCACUGAACAGCAUCUACCGGAAGCUGUUUCUCGAGCAGCUGGACAAAGCGCGCGAAGAACAGCAAGCCAACCGGAGCAUAUCGGCGAACGGGACCGAUACACCGAUCGCCAUGAAAACGAUUGAAGACUUUUUCGCCGACGCUUCACAGUUGAAAGACGCGGCCGAUGGGUCGAAGGCUUCGACGCCACUCGAGACGUACACCAUCAGCUCGAGCAUUGCGUCGACUGUGUCCGCUUCCUGUCCGUAUCCGACGUGCUGCAGUUGGUGGCGAACGCUCGCUAGUGAACCGCGUGCCAUUCUCGGGUAUUCCGAUGGAUCGAUCUGCGUCGUCGCUCUUACUCCGAAUUGUCCGUUUCUUGGUAACACCAACUGCGAGCGGGGUUCGAUCGAGAAGCUCAUCAUCUGCCAGGACAACAGUAUGGAAACGAUCAGUCUAAUGAUCAACACUUCAACCAAAGAGCAGUGGAAGCUGCUACUGGAGCAGAAGUCAAUCAAGUACACGUUCCCGGGAGAGAUAACACCUACGUCGGGGCCUGAACUUCGUUCAGAGUUGCUCCGGUCGUUGGCUGACGGUGGAUCGAGCGAGUCGGGUUCGGGCGUGCCGUUCGAGGAUUGGCAGAUUGUACUUUCGUUGCCGAAGGACGGGGACCCGGGAGCUGUUGGUGCUGGUGGCGGCACAACACAGCAGCAACGCCCGACACCCGCCAACAACGACGGUGAAAGUAGCGGAUCCAGUCCCAACAGCUCCGAACCGGCAUCGGGUGAUGAUUUCGAGAAGGUCGAAAGUGAAUCACUACCGGAAGCUGCGGAGAAGGUGAACGGAAGCGUUGCUGUGACCAGCGGAACGCUUCCGAAGUUGUUGCCGGCGGCCAAAGCCCGUCUGCAAUCGUUGCGCGACUUGGGCGCGAAAAAGAUCGGAACCUUAAAGCUGAAACUAUCCGAGAGCCGCAUCAAGGCGAAGGAGCGUGAAAAGUUUAAAGAGCAGGCGGCCAAUCUGGCGGUGAUGGAACUGCCCGGAAUGUACCCGGAGAUACUGACCACCCCGGCGGGACCCUACUUCGUGGUGCAGUACCUCGAAGGGAAGUAUCUCCUAAGUGCACUCCACUCGUACUCCGAUACACUUUCGGUGCACAGCAUGGACAUCAGCUUGAUCCCGCUGCACAUCUACAAACUCCCGAAACAGUGCCAUUCGACGAUGCUGACACGCAAUGUGCUGUACGUGCUGCACAGUCUGCAACCGGAAGAAUCCACUCCGGCGGCUCCCACUGAAGAGCGAGAGCUGGAGGACGGGAAAGAAAAGGUCGACUCGCUGGAGGAAAACAGCAGCGCGAGUAGUUCCAGCUCAAGUGAUGGCGCACCGCCGAAUGCGGUCAGUGUUGUGAGUUGCAGGAUUGCGUCGAUGAAGAUGGGCGAUGACUGUGACUUUAACGAGCACUCGUUGCUGGGUGUGUUUCACUUUCCGGAAGAACGUGUCCUCGACAUUCACCGUCUGUGCGGUGAUGCCCCUGGUCGAAGCGAUGGCUGUGAAACGGCGAAUGAACCGCCGAGUGGAGAAGCAGACACAUCACGUCAACCGACAGCCGGUGUGUCGCAAGGCGAACAGCGGUCAUUUUUCCAAAAGUCACCCGCUGCAAACUAUCUGCGUAUCCAGAAGGGGCUACGGAUGGAGCGGAAGCUCGACACUUCUGAGGCGCAAGUGAUGGUGAGCGAGUUCCCCAGCAUCGAGUUCGAUCAAGCUCUGAUCGUGACCGAUCGGAACCUGUACGCGGUCGAGCUGGCCGACAGUGGCCGCAGCCUGUUUCUCAGUUUGGCCCAUCGCUGUAUCUGGGCGGCCUGUGAGGACUUCUGUACCACGUUCGGGCUCCCGCUGGCCACGUGCAUUGAGUAUGCGGGCGACGUUCUGCUACGGCGGAAGCGCAUCUCGGAAGCACUGAUGACGUACAAUGUGGCCCGUUUGUCGCCGAUGAAGACGGCCCUGAAGCUGGCGCUGGCAAACGAAAGCAAAGCACUGAUGAAACUGUGCGCAAUGGCGCUAAGAAACACGCACAUCAUCGGGAGCCAGUUCCUGAUGCACGACAUCAUGCGGCUGCUCGUGGACGAGGCACAUCUUGGCAACGUGGUGUACGAUUCGUUGAUUAACUUAAAUUGUCGCACGUCGCUGCAACCCAUCAACACCGGUGCCCAGUGUAGUGACUUCUCGUACGACAACGAUGACGCCCUGCUGGACGUGCAGAUCUCACCGUCGGAUCAGUUUCAUCUGUCGAACCUUAUGUUCCUGACGCUCUGCGAGCGCUGUGCACAGGACAAAAAUUACAUCCCGCUUUGGAACUUUAUCGUCACCAACAGCAAGUACCAUACGAGCCUCGGAUGCAUCAUGCUGGCCCACAGCAAGCUCUUCUCGACGUCUGUGCUGCUGGCGAUGACACGCGGCACCUGCCUCGACGUGUUCAGUUGUCUCGUUGGCACGUGGGAACAAACGGCCGCUGAAACGCCUCCGACGGCCGCCGAAACAAACGCCUUCAUGUACAAUCUCUCCAACGAGCUGUUUAUGGAGUGCCUAAUCUAUCUUCAGGACUUUACCGUUAAUUAUUUCGAGCUGAUUCGCAAACAGCUCGAGGUGUUCGAUAUUAACGUGCUCGAGCGACUCGUCCGGCAGCUCAAUCCCUUUCAUCCCGUGUAUCGACCGCUGCUGCAUCGCCUAUCGAACCACGAAAGCACCGCACAAGAACCAUCCGGGCGCCAUCUGCUAUUUUUCUGCAAGGCACUCAUCGAAACAUUCUUGGCCGUAGCGAUUCGGGCCCAGCAGCUAAAAGUGCACCACGAUGGAGGUUCGUUCCUAAAUGCCCUCAAACACGUACGGGUUCGGCACGAGGAGCGCGCCGUCGAGAUGAACCUGCAGCAGUUCAGUCCGAUUGCCACGGGAUUUUUUCAUGUCGCUACCGUUGUCCGGCAUGCAGUGUUCGUUUGGGGCUCGAACGGGGUCAACUGUGCGUUGAGUCGAACCUCUCUGCAGGGUGAUACGAUCGGACCGAACGGUUUCCCACCGGAGGUCAGCUUUCUUCGGCAGAUCGACCUCGAUGUGCUGGCCGCUCAAUGCGGGCGGCUUCAUACGCUGUUCCUAACGAGCAAUGGGCUUUACGCGAUGGGUUCGAAUAAUCUCGGACAGCUAGGCAUUGGAAGCCACGUGAUCAAUGCGUUGCAACCGAUGCUCGUCAAGAGCCUCGAUGGCAAGAACAUCACACACUUUGCUGCCGGUCAGUACCAUAACGCGGUCGUUGCGAACGGUCUUCUGUACACUUGGGGCUGGGGUGUGUUUGGCCAGCUCGGACACGGUAAGGUGGACGAUAGUAGCAAGCCAAAAGUGUUGGAAUUCUUCCGCAACAAGAUAAUCCUACAGCUAGCCCUCGGACACGCCCAUACGUUGGUGUUGUGCAGAGACCACUGUGACGCUCGCAGCACGCUGUACGUGUUUGGUUCGAACCACUACGGUCAGCUUGGGUUAGGACAAGAAGACCCUUUCGGUACCACUGUCGACACGCGGAACGGCAAAUCGUUCUUGAUUUCGUUGGUUCCCCGGCAGGUGCAGUUGGACGAGGAGAUCGCUCUUAUCAACACGAAUCUGUUCGUGAAUCUCAUUCUCACCACGUGCAACAAACUGUACACUUGGGGAGCGUCCCCGCAGGCACUACGUUUGGCUACGCAAGCCAAAAAGCGAGCCAAAUCCAACAAAAGCGGAAGCGGUUUCUCCAAGUUCAGCUCAAUGCUACGAUCAACACCGCCGCCGUCGGCUUCGUCAGGUGAUCGAAAAUCAUCACAAACCAUCGAAGAAGAACCCGAACCCCCAGAACGAAACUGUUCAGCGCAGGAUGCUGAAGCCAGUGAGCAGGUUCCCGAGACAGCAGAAAAUCCGAACUCGUCAUCCGCUAGCGAACAACUAGAGGAUGAGAGUGUAGCAGGACAAUCAGGUGUGAGUGUACCGGAGAUAAAAAUAACGGACGAAAGUACCCCAUCGGCUGACGGUGACAAGCAGUCGGAGGUGGACGAUAAGGUACCACCCGGAGACGAUGCACUGGAGCAUCUCUUUCCUUCAUUGGUCGAUACUUCACUCGUCGAGGGAAACAUCGUUAAGGUCUCUAGCGGGUUGUAUCACUUUGCGCUCGUAACGGCGGAUGGUGCUCUUUAUACGUGGGGUAAAAACAUCGAGCGUCAGCUGGGGCGGGAAGGUGGACGGAACGAGGUGUUGAUACCGACGAGACUCGAGACUAUCGACAACGUGCGGUACGUUGAGUGUGGGGCAGACUUUACCAUCGUCAUGACCGGCAAUUAUGGCGUGAAAGCUUGGGGCAAUAACAAUAUGGGUCAGUGCGCAAAGGAGAUCAGCCUCGAUCGAACUGGCGUUCCCGGGAAGUUGGUCCGUUUGCCCAUUUCGAAUCGUGUCGUGCGCAUCCCCGACAAGUCGCAAUUCAUCGAGACACCGCAUGACGUACGGUUGCCGGUAAACGCUGGUCUAGGGUACGGUGAGCCGAUGCGCUUCCUGAAGUCGAUGCCAAAGUUCCGGCGUUCGUUCGUGGUGAAAAGCUCUCUGGAGAAGCUGAUCAGCAAUAACUUAUCGACAAUAAGCUCGAGUCUCAAUGACGUCAGUCAAGCCGAGGUGGACGACCUGCUGGUGGAGCUACCAGAAACCGUGACCGAAGGACGGCUUCAUGCCGGCGGGAGUACGAUGUCUUCGUUACAAUCGGUUUCGUACGCCACUUCUCCGACGUCCCUUGCGUUGGAUGAUGACGAUGAUGACGAUGAGGAAAACGAUGACGACGAUGGUGACGAGGAAGACGAAGAACAGGACGAGAAUGGUGAACACAAAGCGAUGGAAGUGACCGACGGAUCAACGGAUUCUUCACGACUCUUCACUGAGCGCCAUCUGUUGGGCAACGAUUUCAUUCACUACUGCCUGUACCUGUUCUACGGACUCUACAGCCAGGAAGGCGUUCUAGACUUGAUCAAACGCAGCAACGAGUAUCACAUUCGCAUGACGCUGCUGAGCUACGAUUAUGUCGAAGGGUUCCGGUUGAUCCUGGAGUUGCUCUCCUCGUCCCUGUCUUCUUCCGCUUCACCGACGUCGAUAGCACGACAAACGCAGAACAUGGUUAAGAUUUUCGAGUACUUCACCAAAGACACCAGCAUUGUACCAAUGGAGGUCGGCAACAUCAAAUACUUUAUCUACGAGCUGUUUAUGUUCUUCAUCCGCCACAACCUAACGGUGACCGUGCUGGAAGAGUUCUUUCUCCGAAAUCUCGACUGCUAUCUGGUCCCGUUGGCAUCCGUGCUGUACUUUCAUAACACCAACAACCUGGUGAGUCCGCGAUCCGCCAAUAGCGCUGGUGCCACCGUCGACGCAGAGGUGCUGGCCCUCGAGCGAAAGUUAUUGGAUAAGUUCAACAAUAACAACAACGUACUGCUUGCUGGUGGGUCGCUGGGGGGAGAAGAAGGCCUCCGGUUGCCCGGCGGUGGGCCGAGUGUUGCCCGAAAGCUAGAGAAUACCGACACGAUCUGCGGAGCUCUUAGCACUUCCUUCAACGUUACGAUCUGUCAGAAGCUGCUCGAACAUUUCGAUCACUGUAAAUGACUGUUCGUGCUGGGCGGCGAAGCACAAGCGGAACACGAACUACGGGAACGAAUUCGUUAAAUCACCCUUUAAAUGAAAGAGAGAGAGAGAAAAUUGUAUUUUAUUGGUUUUAUUCAACGUAACUUUAUUUAAAGCACAGUGUGCAGCGUGUUCGAGACCUCGAUUGUGUAGUUCCGAUUACAUUUUUUGCAAGGGUUUUUCUAGAUCCGAACAUCAUUCAGCAACGGCCUAAGGAAGGUCAAGCCAAGUCAGAAAAGGUUUUGCCAUUUAGUUGUUAAUAAGCAGUGUAGAGAUUUUUAAUACUGUUUGUAAACUUGUUUCGCCAUCUGGGAAACAUCCUUUAUCAAAUACAAUCAAACGGAGAGACAGACGAACAGACGAUCUUAUUGGACUUCCUCUUAAAACUUCGAGGAGAGGAUUUUUUGUCUAUUUUGUAUCAAAUUUACGCACAAAAGCAAUGCCAUUUACUCUAUCAAGCGAUAAGGGAGAUCGUA